AUGUGCGUGUCCCAGGCUGCGACCCUGAAGAGCGUGACUCGAGCCCAGGAGACGUCUGGUUGGCCGUCGGCGCCCGUCUGCUCAGACAUGGACGCUCUGAAACACAUGCUGUACACGGGCACCGAGACCAGAGAAGCCCGGGAGAAAGUGCUGCAGGAGGUGGUGAGGCUGAGGGUGAAGCAGGAGGAGAAGCUGGCCGCAGCCGUCCAGGCCAAACGCAGCCUCCAGCAGGAACUGGAGUUUGUGAGGGUGGCCAAGAAAGGGCGCCUCCGUGAGGCCGUCGAGGCUAAACGCAACCUGCGAAAGGAGAUUGAGCGCCUCCGUGUGGAUUGGGGGAGGAAGAUGAGGGACGCGGAGGAGUCUUGUGAUCGGCUGAAGAGAGAGUUGGAGAGAGAGAGAGCGCUGAGAGUGUGCGACAAAGGCUGUGAGGCGGAGCAUCUGAGAGUCAAGUACUCCACUCAGAUUGAGGAGUUGCACGUGCAGCUCCAGCAGGCGGAGUCCGACCGGGAGGAGCUGAGGAAGGAGCUCCAGGAGGAGAAGGAGGCGCGGCAGAGUCUGGAGAGUGUCGUUAAGGAGCUCCAGGUCCAGCUGUCGCUGCAGGCUGACAGCUGUCCCCCCGGAGACUGCAGGGACACAAACACAAACAAACACAGACACACCACACAAGUCAGCGACGGAUCCUAGAGACGCACGCACGCCCAGGAUCGGACAGAAGGGCGGCACCAAAGGAGCACGGCCGAGGACCGGCACCUCCUGUGUUUGAUAAGGACAGACCGAGGAGACUCUGUCGUGUUUAGUAUCGCAGACUUAACAAACUGGAACGUAGCAUGACGACUCAGCAUGUUGUAGAAAGGUCUUCCUCACGUGUCUCCAGUGACGUCAGCGACUCCUGACGCCGUCCCAGGAUUUUAUUUUUGGUAUAAGCUAUUCUACAACGUGCAAGUAUAGCCACACAAGUACUUGAAUAUAAAGGGAAGGAAGACGGUGAAACACAAGCAGACCGUGGAUCUCCUGGUGCCACACCUUACUGGUACACUCGGCGGCGUCACUGUAGACCACUGG